AUGGGUUCUUCACCUUCGAAGAAAGAAAUUACCUCGACGGUGACUCUGGAUGGCCACACAGAGUACCAUGCAACAGAUGCUGCGGGGAGCGAUAUGGUGGCAGCCAUCGCGGCAAAAGCAUCUAUGGAAGAUCACAAAGCUCGGAUGAAAGAACACCCCGAAAUAUUAGAGUUACUCGCGGGAUUUAAAAUCGCCGUGCAAAAGAUGGAGAUUGCAAGCGAGGGAGAAAUUACUCACGAGGUGCUGAAUGAUGUCACGGAGGCGGUAGAGGAAUACAUUGAGCAAGUGAUGUACACUUACGAAACGAAUGAACAGAAGCUGUUGAUCGGCGACCAACUUGGAUACGAUGGAUUCGUACAAGCCAGUAUCAAGUAUUGUAAAGCAAUACAAAAAGACGGCACUCUUGAGAGGGACCCGGAGACAGCUAGCGCCACCAUGACACUGCUGAAUACGAUUGCAUCGCUGGCAGAUCGUAGCGAAGUAGUGUGUAACCUGAGUAAGCUGGGGUUAAUCGAGUUGCUACUAAAUGAACUUAAACGAACAGUGCUGUUGGAGCAAUAUUCCACGAACGCUGAACUGGUACAGGGAAUGUCUAGUCUUGUUAAUCACGACAAAAACAAACAAAUUAUCGUAAAACAGAAAGGACUGAAGCUGCUGGUGAAAUUGAUGAAAGAAGGAGACGACAAAGAAACAUAUUGGGCCACACGUUGUGUUUGGACUUUAGCAUUUGAUGACGAUAACAAGGAAAAGAUCAAGAAAGAACCAAAUGCUAUCAGUACCCUUGAAAAACUAAAGUCACAUGACAGCCAAGAAGUGAGAAACGCCGCAGAAGGUGCAUUGUGGGUAAUACAAGGAGAACAAGAACAUAUCCGAGAACAAGGGAGUCCAGAAAAAUGCGUGAAGGCCGAAGGGAUUGUACCUUCGAAAGAAGUGGUCGGCGAUCACGUGAUGAUAAGCUAUCAAUGGGAUGUUCAAAAAUUGAUGAUUAAAAUUAAGGAACAGUUGCUGAAAAGUGGAUAUCGAGUCUGGUUGGACUUGGAUGAGAUGGGAGGGUCGACUUUACAAGCAAUGGCGGACGCUGUGGAAAAGGCUUCGGUUGUACUUGUGUGUGUCUCACAGAAAUAUAAAGACAGUCCUAACUGUCGUGUAGAAGCGGAAUACGCAUUUCAACAAAGAAAAGAAAUAAUUCCUCUCCUCGUUGAUGAGAACUACAAACCCACUGGUUGGUUAGGAGCCAUAAUCGGCACGAAGUUUUACAUCAACUUCGCCAACAAAACCCAGCCGUUCGGUGUCUGCAUCCAACAUUUGGUCAAAGAACUUGGCGAUAAGGGAAGAACGAUCCGUUCUCCGGGGAAGAAACCCGAUUCAGAUAUCAGCGCUAUGUCGCCAUCUAUGGGCAUGAAUAGACCAAUCACAGCACACCCUGUCAGUAAAUGGACGAACAGAGACGUACAUGAUUGGUUGAAGAAUAAUGAGAUUCAAUGCACAGCCAUGGAAACCGUGAUUGGAGAAGAUAUUGUGUUUCUCCUACAUAUGAAAGCAGAGGCACCUGAGUUUUUCUAUUACUACACUCUGAAAAAUCUUGGACUUACAAGCCUUCCGGAAAUGAGAAAACUAAGAAAUGCCCUGGCGAGAUUAUCCUGA